CGGCUCCGGUGCAGGCGGCCACUGGAGACGACUUUGAGGUGCCCGCCCCUUCUCGUGAAGCCGGGCAGUGCAGCAGAGACACAGCUUUCCACUUGGGGAGCACCGUCCGUCCCCCUUCCCGCCUUCCUCUUCCGGCUUACAGUCGCUUUACGACAGUGGCGCGUCGCAGGCUUGCUUUCCGGCGGCCUGGACCGAUGCGUCGCUCGGCUUUCGUCAUCGCAAACCUGCUCCCUGGUGCGAAUGGGCUGCGGGAGGGCUUCAAAGGUUCGAGUCCCACUCCGGGAAUGAGUCUGUUUGACCUCUUCCGGGGCUUUUUCGGCUUUUCUAGACCUCGGAGCCACAGAGAUCCCUUUUUUGGAGGGAUGACUCGGGACGAGGACGAGGACGACGACGAGGACGACGACGACGAGGAAGGAGCCGCGCGGAGCCCUGGGGGUCGGAGGUUUGCUGGGCCCCAGCCCCCGGAGGAAUUCGGCUUCGGCUUCGGCUUCGGCCCAGGCGGAGGGACGCGCUUCCAGGGUCACUUCGGCUUUGAUGACCUGGUGCAGGAUUUCAACAGCAUCUUCGGCGAGAUGGGGGCCUGGACCUUGCCGUUGCACCCGCCCGAACUUCCAGGUCCCGAGUCCGAGGCCCCUGGUGAGAGGCCGCGGGAGGGACACACACUCCGGGACUCCAUGCUGAAGUACCCGGAUAGUCGCCAGCCCAGGAUCUUUGGGGGAGGCUUGGAGAGUGAGCCACGACCCGAGUCCCCGAAGUCAGCACCAGGCUGGGGGGCCCAGAGACCUUUUCCUAGGGAAAACAGGGUUUUGGAACUUGGGAGCAGUUUGAGGUCUUUGACCCUUCAAGUUUCAGAUUGGAAGAUGUCUUUUCACCUGCUGUGGCUUCUUCUGCAGUUCGAUGAUCCAUGGCCAGUGACUCCCCAUCCCAGAGCCAGAGAGGACAAAGAUCUUGAUUCCCAGGUUUCCCAGGAGGGUCUUGGCCCAGUUCUACAGCCCCAGCCCAGAUCCUACUUCAAGAGUAUCUCUGUGACCAAGAUCACUAAGCCGGACGGGGUAGUGGAGGAGCGCCGGACUGUGGUGGACAGCGAGGGCCGGCGGGAGACCACCGUGACCCGUCAGGAAGCAGAAAGCAGUCCUGGAGCUGAUCCAGAAUCGCCAAGACCUCCCACUCUGGACGAUGCUUUUUCUAUCCUGGAUCUGUUCUUGGGACGCUGGUUCCGGUCCCGGUAGCCUUAAACUGCAGAGCCCUUCGGGUCCUCCCCACUUCCCACUCAUGGCCUCGGUCACAAACUGUGUCUUCUGCCACCUUGGGCUGGGAGUGCGGAGCAGGGGACUGGGACUGUGCCAGUCUGUCACUCAUCAGGCUGACCAAUAAAACCUCUAUUUAGGCUAAGA